AUGGCGGCCCGUGUCCUCUCCGCCUGUGUCCGCCGCCUCCUCCUCUCUCGACUGCCCCUCGCCGCACCGACACCCGCAGCCAUCUCCUUCCUCUGCCCGCGCCGACCCUCGGCCCCAGGGCUGCCGCAGCUGCUGCCGCAGGUAAGGCCCGUGCUGCGGGCCUGGCCCUGCCGCCGCUUCUCCGACCUCCCGCCCCUCACCUUGGCGGACAUCAAGGAGCGCGUCCUCUACGUCCUCAAGCUGUACGACAAGAUCGACCCCGAGAAGCUCACGGCCGAGUCCCACUUCAUGAAGGACCUGGGCUUGGACAGUUUGGACCAAGUGGAAAUCAUCAUGGCUAUGGAAGAUGAAUUUGGGUUUGAAAUUCCUGAUGGAGAUGCAGAGAAGCUGAUGUGUCCUCAGGAGAUUGUAGACUACAUUGCAGACAAGAAGGAUGUUUAUGAAUAAUAAUAAUAAGUAAUAAAAUCACAUUUUCUUCAAAGCUGGGAGGUGUCUGUGUGUCCCCAGCUCAGGGCUGCUGUCAGCAGGUGACAUGUGCUGGCCCCUGCUGCUCUCCUCCCGAGGAUGGAUUGAAAGCUGAAUGUCUUGUCCUUAAAAACUUUGGGAAUAAAUGUCUGAGCCCA